GACCGAGUUAUCACUCCUUGUCACACGAAGUUGGUGAAACUGUUUCGCGACUUUUGACUGAAAGUUGUCGAUACUAACACAUGACGAUCACUAAAAAAUAAUAGUUGCAAGACAACUCUUCACUCAAAACCCUUUCUUAACCCAAAAUCCAUCAUUAUUUCCAUGAGUGAGUACCACAAAACCUCAUCCUUCAAAAUGCGGACGAGAAAUCCAAUGGGAAUGUCCCCAGAGACGAACAGAACUCCGAAGGGUAUCCGGAAGAUUCUGGGAACAGAUAUGAAACGUUUGAAAGAAGCCUGGGAGUGGACGAUCGAGGACUUUAGCCAGUUGACAGAAGAGCCUGGGGAGAGCAUUCAGUCUUCAUUAUUCGCGACAGGAGCUGAUAACAAAGACAAGUGGUAUCUGGACCUGUAUCCCAGCGGGAGAGACAGAGAAUGUAGUGAAUACUUCUCCCUGUACCUCAUGCUGAAGACAACAAGAAAUACAGAGGUGCAGCUACACCUGCAGCUGUCAAUCGUCAAGGCGGGAACAAAGGAGAAGAUUGGAAUGAAGGGGGCACAGAGAAAAUUCAGGAGUGGAAUGUCAGUGGGCUGGAGGCACUUCAUAAAACGAAAUCACGUAUUAUCCAACGCUGGGGACCUCCUGACCAACGACGAGCUGAGGAUCUCCUGUGAGUUCGAUUAUGAGAUAAAAUCAGGAGAGAAUUGCAGUGAAAUCACAUCGAGGGACUCACAAGUGGUGAAGGACUUGUGGUUGUGCUUUGAACAGUCGAAAUUCACUGAUUGUUCCAUAACCGUUGAGACGAAGAUUUUUCACACGCACAAAAUGAUCCUGGCUGCUCGUAGCCCCAUCCUUUGCCAGAUGAUCGAUGAAUCUAAAGAGAAAAAGGAAUUGGUUAAAGUUCCCGUUCACCUGCAGCUGGAAGGAAUCAGUGCAGAGAUCCUCAGGAGAAUGCUGCAAUUUAUAUACACUGGGGGCGUCAAGAAUAUCGAGGUAAUGACUGACGAGCUGAUGGCUGCUGCCGACAAGUUCAGCCUCAUCGAGCUCAAGGCCAUGUGCGAGGCAACUCUUUUCGAAAGACUCACAGUCAAAAAUGCUGCUGAAACCCUCAUAAAAGCUCACAAGUGUCACGCCAAAGACCUCAAGGCUCAGGUCAUUGGGUUCAUAAAUAAUCAUCUCGUGGAGAUCGUUGAGUCUACUGGAUAUAAACACCUGGAGGAGAACCACACAGAACUCCUGCGGGAUCUUCUUAGAGGCCAGGUGACUGAAGUUAAGGAGAAGGUCACUGAAAUGGAGGGAGGAUCGACUAGUGGUCAGUGACGACGGAAUUGUCGUCCAUGUCUGUUCUUACCCUAACAGAUCCAAUAUACAGUUAACCUGGCCGAAAUUAGGUUUUUUAUUAUUAGGUACUAUUUCUUCAUUCUCAGUAAUUAUUUCCAUUGUAUUUGCGUGACUUAGAAAAUCAUUAAAGCCAUGGAUAACAAUGUUCCGAUUCUGUUUGUCCUGGUGUGAUGAUAAUAAUUGUGUAUUGAAGCUAGAUGUAAGAAUUCUUAUAAGAUCUGAUAAAGUAUAUUAUGAAUCCAAGGAAUUGAUUUCCUUUACAUGGCUUAUUGUUAACAUUUAUGAAAAAUGUAUUUUCAGAUAAUGAUAAUAAAUAUGAGGAUUGUGAAUU